AUGGUAACGCGGCCUACUAGUGGCGGCCGUGUGAUACAGCAAUCCGCCAUGCUGCAGGAGAUGAGUGUGGACUCCCUCUUCCAGCACAUAGUGCUCUCUCAGCAGCAGGCUCAGGAGAGGCGCAGAGUCAUCCAGGAGGUAAAAUCAGAAACCAGCACUUGUCAUGAAAAAAUUGUAGAGGUCAAUGAGAAGAUUCAAGAAGCAAAAGCAGCCCUGGAAAACAAGGUUUUUCUUCUGCUGGAGAAGGGAUUCCAGAAAGAUCUUCUGAGGAAGAGACACAACGGCCUUGAGAGAUUGAAAGACGAACUACUCAAAGAGGCGCGGGAUCUCCAAUUUCAGCUUCAAGAGAUGAAGAAAGAGCGGGCAUUGGAAGAGGAGCGGUUUACGAGCGAUAUUCUGGCUUACGUCAACAAUUAUGGGCUGACAAGUAACAGAGAGGAGCUGAUCCAGGAACAGGCCAAAGCAGAAAGCCUAAGCCUAGAUGUGGAGGCCGACGCGCUAAGCAAUGAAAUACAAUCCUUAAAAAGUGAAAAUGUGCAUCUACAUAGUCUCCAUCUGCAGAGGAGCGCCCUCCAGAGGGAACUGUGCGACUUGCAGGAAACAGUAAAAGGUUGGGACGCGGAGAUUGCUGAAGCCAGUAGUACUACUAAGAGAUUGGAAGCUGAGAGACUUGCAGUCAGCCAGAAGCCUCAGAGUGAUGCGGAAUGUCUGAGGCUGAGAAAAGAGCUGGAAUCUCACAAAGAGGAGGAUUUGGAAAGUGUCUGUGAGGCUCUUCGUGCUGAGAUCCUGUUCCUGCAGCAGAAAGUCCCCCAAACCUCUACUCCCAGGAAAGCGCUGUCACAGGAAGAUACGGGACAUUUACUCGUAUUACCCUCCUGACCGCCUGGAGAGAAGUGAGGCGUUACUAAGUGAUUGCCAUGGAGCGCCAUCAUCUCCCAGCAUCCUCUACACUGGCCGCCGGUGACGGACGUGUCAUACUCUGUCCUGAUUUCAUCUGCCUGACUGCAUUCAAUUUCAUCUUCAGAACAUAAUGUUUUAUUUCAUCUCUCACUUUAAACUGUUCAAUUAAAUUGAAUUAUUAAUAACUGUUGUUCCUGUACAUUAAGAGUCAUACAGAUCCACAUCGGUUUUGGCGUUUAUGCCGUUUAUCGGUACCGCAAAUGUUCACUUUGUGCUAAAUGGUUAUUACUUUGCUUGAUUCACGACUAUGCUAAUAAAUACUCUAUAGCAAAGAUG